AUGUCUGAGACAGGAAUAUUCCCAAUUUUCGAUUCCGGCACGGGAUAUGGAAUCAUCGUGGGACUAGGCGGCAUCUUUGCCAUCCUCAUGAGUCUCACGACUUUUGCUCUCAAGCGAUAUUUCUCUGAGGUUCAAGACUCCGAGAUGUAUCUGACUGCAAAGCGCUCCAUUAAAGCUGGUCUUAUAGCAUCGUCUGUCGUGUCUUCGUGGACGCUGAGCGCUACGCUUCUUACGUCGACAACGUUUGGGUACUCGUAUGGCAUCGCGUCCACAUUCUGGUACGGAGCCGGGUGUUCAGUUCCCAUCCUAACAUUCGCUGUCCUCGCCAUUGAGCUCAAGAGAAAGGCGCCAAACGCACACACCUUCCUAGAACUGGUCAAGCACCGCUACGGAGCUCCCGGCCACAUCGUGUUGGCUGUCUACUCUCUGAUCUAUCAGAUCUUCAUUGCAGUAAACCUUCUGGUCGGCGGAGCUGAUGUUUUCCAUCUGGUGACUGGCAUGAACAAGAUUGCUGUGUGCUUCCUGUUUCCCCUGGGAGUCUGCAUCUACACUUUGUUCGGUGGUAUCAAAGCUACUUUUCUCACAGAGUGGGUGCACACUGUAAUCAUCUACGUUAUCAUGCUCGCAUCAAUGUUCGUCAUGUACACAACCUCGGAUCAUGUCGGAUCACCCGGAAGGAUGUGGGAGCUUCUCAAAGACGCGUCAGAGAUCCGCCCUGUUGAGGGUAAUGCUGGAGGAGAACUCUUGACCAUGCGGAGCUUUUACGGGGGCCUGGUCGGUCUCAUCUUCUUGGGUGGCGGCUUUUCUGCGACUGUAGACUCCCAACUGUUCCAAAAAGCUAUUGCUGCUGAUCCCAAGUCAACGGUCGCUAGAUACCUCUUGGGAUCCCUCUGCUGGUUUAGUAUCCCCUUUUGUAUCGCAACUACCUUUGGUCUUGGAGGUGCUGCUUUGGAAUACACAACCUCCUGGCCUACGUACCCGACUCCCUUGUCACCAGCUGAGAUCAACUCGGCUUUGGUCAUGCCAUAUACGGCAUACACAAUCAUGGGAAAAGGUGGCGUUGUAGCGGUUCUUCUCAUGGUCUUCCAGGCUAUCACAAGCGCCAUGAGUUCAGAAACUGUCGCCGUAACCAGCUUGGUCACGUAUGACUUUUACCGUUCAUAUAUUAAUCCCGAGGCGACUGGAGAGAGACUGGUUUUCAUCUCUCACAUUGCAGUUGUCAGCUUUGGGUUGUUGACUGCAUGUGUCGCUGUCGGCCUUACCUACGCAGGUUUCUCUGUUACCUUUAUAGUGACGGCUAUCGGUAUCCUAAUCGAUGGUGCCGUGAUCCCCAGUGCCUGCACACUUUUCUGGAAAAAGCAGAGCAAAUACGCUAUUGUUCUAGUACCAAUCAUUAGCUCACUCGCCAGCAUUUCGACCUGGAUCGGUGUAGCAUACCACAAGCACGGCACAGUCACUAUCGCCACGCUGUCUGAUUUCAUCCCUACCGUAGCUGGCAACAUGCUAGCAUUGACUGCGCCCAUCAUUCUCACGCCGCUCAUCACAUACCUGAAGCCCGAGAACUAUGACUUUGAAAAGUUCAAGGAGCUCCAGCAGGUUGAUGACUCCGGCUUUGACGUCAAGGCCCAGACGGAGGGUGUUGCGGUCAAGACUGCCCAAGAGAGAACAGAAGCCGAGUUGGUGAAUCUCCAAGGCAUCGAGAAGGAGCUAUAUGUUGCACGAAACUAUGCUCUCGGCGCUGCCUUGUUCAUUGCUAUUUCUUUGACCAUUCUCUGGCCGAUCCCCAUGUAUGGAACGUCAUAUGUCUUCAGCAAGCCCUUCUUCACCGGGUGGAUCGUGGUUACCUUUAUUUGGGCAUUCUUUGGGGCCAUCGUUGUGACUCUUCUGCCGAUUGUAGAGAGCCGAAGGGAGAUUUACCUCUUCUUCCGUGCUGUUAUUACAAGGAGAUCGGCAUCGGGAUGA